AUGGAUCAGCAGGCUCCGGAACAGACGGAAGGCGAGGCAGCUGAUCGACCCAGGGCGCUACUAUCCCGGAAGAGGCCUCGCGCUGCGACCAGCCACGUCUCCUGGGACGAGGCGAACUUGGCAGAACAUGACAAGGAGCGGGGGACCAGGCAAAAGAUCGAGGAACCCCCGACCCCUUUCGUGCACAGCCCGCCGCUCCUCUCUGAAGACGAGGCCGAAGGAGCCACUGAGGAGACAGUGACAGAGGCACCCGCGCCGGGCACGAUGAAUGCCGAAGAGCUUUCCAAGCGUCUGAAGCUCCUCGAAGAGGUGGCUAACGAAGAGUCGAGGCCGACCUCGGCGCCCCAAAGCCCUGCCAAGUCAGUGCGGUCCGUGGCCUUCACUGACGGAGGCAGCCCGAAGCGCUCCUCGGAAGCUUUCAAGGCCAAGCGUGCUGCACACUACAACGAGUUCCGAGUCCUACAGGCCUUCAAGGCAGCUGCGGCCGGUGGGAAGAAAGAAUCCGACGACGAAUCCUCGGGAUCCCAGAAGCGAUGA